AUGGAACCCAGAAAUCUCAAAGUGAUCAAAGGAGAUUGGGAGAUACCGAAGCAGAAGUGGCAAGCAACACCUCCAGAAGAGUUGCCAAAGUAUGCGACCGAGGCCCUCAAGCAGUGUAACACCAGCCUGUUUCCAAAUACUAUCAGCACCCUGCUCAAGAUACUUGCCACACUUCCUGUCACCACAGCGGCAGCUGAGAGAAGCUUUUCGACGCGCCUCAAAACCUACCUUCGCAACAGCUCUGUUGAGGAACGAUUGAAUGGGUUGGCUCUGAUGUCGCUCUACAGAGAGUCCGUUGACGUGAGCAACGUAAUCGCAAGGUUUACGGAGAAGGCACGGAGACUUGUGUUUUAG